GUGCAACAAGAACCUUGGAUUCCGGAACAGAGUGUGUGAAGCUUUCUCUCCAGUUGUAAAUGCGACUGCAAAAGUGCCUGUCAUUGAUUGCAGACCGCAGAUUCCUACGUAUGCUUCCAGUUGUAGGAAUGUCGCCAAUUCCCUAACUCGGGAGGUUUACAGUUCUCCCGCAUUUGGGGUUGUGGUUCAUGACCGAACCCUUUUCUGAUAAUCUAUACACGUAUAUCAUGAUGGUGUCGCCUCCAGUCUUCGCUUCUUUGCAGAACUGAAAUUGACCUUCCUGAGAGUCAAGAUUUCCGAGGUCUACACCUUUCCCCUCGUUGGACACGUAGAACAUUCCACAGUACGUUUCCAAUCCAUUCCAGUGAAUUGUUGGACGAUCUCCUCGAUCUUCCCUCGACAAUCCUACAACGUCAACCUUUUGCGAAGCUGCACCCCUGAGUUUGACGGCACGACAUGUUUAGGUGGCCGAUGACAGUGUUGGCUGGCAUGCUUGUCGAGGCAUUGUGACUGCUUCCUUUCCCUCGGCCUCUCUAUGUGGAAAUAGAAUCCAAGUGAGAGCUCUUGGGGCGACUCAGACAUGGCACUCUCAUGAUCGGGGUUCGAGUCGCUGUUGCUUUGUUAGUCGAGAACGCGAACAACAUUUCCUCGUGGGCAAGAGCGUCCUGCAUGCUUAGAUGAACUUUGGACACAGCUGAGCUUGUCAGGCAGUUCGAGGACUGUUGAGCGAGGGCCGAGGACCAGGGACGUCUACAAUGCAUGUCUCAAAGAGGCCAUCGGUGGUUGAACACUUGGUACUGGCAAAACUGAAUGAAGGCAUGUCCGUAGAGGAUUGGGAUGACUUAUUGGAAAAGAUCCACCUGAUAAGGUCUCUGGAUGGAGUGGUGAGUCUGCACGUGGGUUUGGCCAUACCACUAGUAGGAGAAACUUAUACUUUCGCUUUGCACGCACGGUUUGUAGACAUGGCAGCCCUGGAAGCAUACGAGGCUCAUGAGUAUUAUGUAGAAGGGAUCAUGACAUCGAACGUGAAUGACGACCUUUUGAUUCUCAACUGGGAAGGCCAACCUCAGGGCUCAUUAGUUGCAUCUGAUACGUACAGAGCCGCCCAUGUUGGAGUAUUGAAGUUCAAAGAGUGUGCGACUGAAGAAAAUAUCGAGGAAGCUCUGAGUACAAUCAAAAGGCUGCAGAAAAUAUUUCCUGAGCUUGUUACCCAAGUUAGUGCGGGUAGAGCAUUCGUUCCGGCGGAUCUUGGCGACAGCAAUGGCUUUGAAGUCGCAUUUAUUGUCGCCUGUCCGACCAUAAGAGCAUGUGAGGAGCUGGAUGUAGAAUCCGAGAAUACAGACUUGAACAAGAGCUCAAGCACUGGUUGUGACUCAUCGUUGUUGGAAGAUAUUCAUGUUGUCAAAUUUCGGGUUUGAUAAGGCUGGACUUUGCUUUGAC